AUGGACUCGGAAAAUGAAUGCAAAGAUGACAACUUACGUACACAUAUUCGUGUUGGUGAUGACCUGCCCUCUGAAAUUGUCCUUGAAAAUGAUGGAAAUGAAACUAUAAGGGAUGAGGACAACAAUAAUGGCACACGCAAGGGCAAGUUUGAGUGGAAGCUCAGUUUUAACUCUCUUGCUGUUGAAGCUGGGGGGUAUGAGAAUCUUCAUUUUAUAGAAAAAGAUUGCAGAAACUUUAUUAACAAGGAAAGACACAUUCGGCUUGGCCAAGGAGGUGCUAAAGCACUUCUAGACUAUUUGAAUAAGAUGCAAGCAACCGAUAGUGGUUUCUACUUUGCAGUUGAUUCUGAUGAUGAUUCUAGGUUGAAAAAUGUGUUUUGGAUUGAUGCAAGAAGUAGGGCAUCGUAUGAAAGUUUUGGGGAUGUCGUGACAUUUGACACGACAUACUUGACUAACAAAUACGGUAUGCCAUUUGCUCCGUUUGUGGGAGUGAACCACCAUGGAUGGCAAAGUCUACUAGAUAGUUAUGACCUUAAGGACCAUGAUUGGUUGCGCCGGUUAUAUAAUGAGCGGGCUUUUUGGGUACCGGCAUAUCUGAAAGGUGUGUUUUGGGCUGGUAUGAGAAGUACAAAGCGGAGUGAAAGUAUGAAUGCCUUUUUCGAUGGCUAUGUGCGUCCGUCUACCACUUUGAAGCAAUUUGUUGACCAAUAUGAUCUUGCUUUGUGGAAGAAGGUUGAGAAUGAGAGUCUUGCAGAUUUCAAGUCUUUUAAUACUAAGCUUCCAUGUGUAACCUUCUAUCCUUUUGAGGAAAAAUUUGAAAAAGUUUACACCAUUACCAAAUUCAAAGAAGUUCAGCAUGAGAUAAUAAGCAGAAUUUAUUGUACUAUCUCCCUUUUGACUAAAGAGGGUGCAAUUUGCACCUACCAAGUGACUGAACAGGUAAAAGUUCAAAAUGAAGUAGUUGAAGAUGCAUACGUGAAAGUAGUACCAUAUGUUGUCUACUUCAAUGAAGAUGGAGAUGAAUUUGAAGUAAAAUGCACAUGUGACUCCUUUGACUCAAGAGGCAUCUUAUGCAGACACAUCUUUGCUCUAUUGUGUGCACAUAACAUUACAUCUUUGCCCCCCAAAUAUUAUCUUGACCGUUGGAGGAAGGAUGUGAAGCGAAGAUAUACUUUAAUUAAAUGUAGUUUUGAUGCUUUGAGUGCUAACCCCGAAGUACAAAGAUAUGACAGCUUGUGCAAAGGUAUGCAUACAUUAGCAGAGGUCGCUGCAAGAAACGUAGAUCACUACACAAAAGUUUGGAUGCAUAUUGAUAUGUUGACCAAGGAAUUACGUGCUUCAAGUUGUGAACCCAAUCCACCUUCUCUUGCACUUCCAGGUGUAUCUUUAACAUGUAAUGAGUCCAUUGAUAAUGUUGAGUUGGCGGUAGAUGGUGAUGAGGUUCAUAGUCCUAUUGUAGCUAAAAAAAGAGGAAAGUUACCGCAUAAAAGGAAGAUGUCUGCGGUGGAAAAAGCGACAAUGAAGAAAUCACAAAGAAAAAACAAUGAGGCAUGUAACACUAAUCCCAUUCAGAGGAAACGAAAAAAUAAGACUUCCCAUGGAGAUGAUGUUUCGUAUUUAUUUGAAGCUCCUUGUGAUGUUUUGAAACUCAAGAGAGUGCAAGUACUCAGGAUAUGUGGCCACCUGAGCUAUUGGAACGGUAAUUGUAAUGGAAGGAAUGCAAGCUACAAUGCUUUUUUUGGGGCUAUUGCGCCGGUUUUUUUUUUUUUGGCACUUUUUUGGUGUUGUAUAGACUAGUUGGCCAUUUUUGUGGUGUAAUGAUUCUGGGUGUUGAUAGUGAGAAGGUUACUAGUGGUUCUAAUGACUUCAAUUACUGUUGAUGUAGUCGUACUUUCUUCUAAAUAUUAUCAGUUUAGUAUUCAGAUUAAU